AUGGAGCCAGAUAUGGCAGUGGAACUUUUUACAAAAAAUGAAUUAUUUGAGGAGGCAGGAGUGUACGCUUCAGUUAUUAUCGGUGAUGAUGACUCCAGCACAGUAGCUGGUGUUCGUAGGAAUGCUACUCACGAGAUUGAAAAGUGGUCAGAUUUCAAUCACACACUGAAAUCGUUUACCUCGGCAUUGUAUUCUAUGAAAUUGUCGCCAAAACUCAUUGAAUAUUUUUCUCGAUGCUUCUCGAGUGCGGUCAAACAGAAUAAAGGCAAUACCGAGAAAGUGAGAGCUGCAUUGGAGGCAAUAGUUCCUCACGCGUUCGGGGAUCAUCAAUUGUGUGGUGAUUGGUGCAAAUCGCAUGUAAAUAAUAACUAUAAGCACAAUAAUCUGCCGCAUGGAAAGCCACUUGCAGAUGAGGAGUUGCGUGAGAAACUACAUGCUCUUUUAUCGCGAUUUGCAAGAAACGCGGAAAAAAUCGCUCCAUGUGGUUGCACACAAGCUAAUGAAUCGUUAAAUAAUGCCGUAGCGAGCAAAACUCCAAAGGCUCGUCAUUAUUCUGCAUCGGAAUCUCUUCAUUACCGCGUAGCUACUUCAGUAUGCCAGAAGAAUGAUGGUUAUACGUAUAUAGCAAAAGUAUACAACAAGCUCCUGCUUUCUCCUGGCAGUGCUCGCACAUUAGCAUAUCGGCUACAAAAAGAUAAAAAAAGGGAGAUCAGGGCCAAGCUCUCCAAAACUAAAGAAAUCAAAAAAAGAAGACUUUAUGCAAAGAAACAACGAUCUAUCGCCACUGCAUCAAGACAGCGGCAAGAGGGAUUGACUUAUGAAUCUGGAGUAUCAUGCUACAACGUUUCAGAUUUAUUUGAGAAUACUCCACGUGCAAUGAACGAUCCCAACAAUUUUGAAAAUGAUAAUUACAGGAUAGUUUACUUUGACCUAGAAACUACAGGUCUUAGAAGUACUGACCAGAUUUGUCAAAUAGCAGCAUAUGAUGGGGUAUCAACGUUCAACGCCUACAUAACUCCAUCCAUACCCAUCUCGAGGUCAGCAUCCGCAAUAACCGGAAUGCAAAUCAUCGAUGGGGAUAUGUAUGUACACGAAGAUUUGGUACAGACAAUACCCGUGCGAGCUGCUGUGGACGGAUUUUUGAAAUAUCUUGAGGAGAUAAGCGGCAAAGAAAAUAGGGCCUGCCAGAUAAUUCUUUUAUCCCAUAAUGGCUUCAAAUUCGAUGUUCCAAGAAUAUUGUCUCUAAUUGUUAAAUUGGGAGUGAUGGAGACCUUUAAAAAAACAGUGAGCGGAUUCGCAGAUACUCUCGAUAUUUUGAGGAAUGCACUUCCAGAGAGGCGAAAAAAUAAACAGAGCUUUUCGGUAAAAGCUCUUUUACAAGAUUUCCUUCCAGGCGAAAAUCACGAGAACCUUCACAAUGCUGUCGAUGAUGUUAUCAUGUUGAAAAAAAUUAUCGAUUAUUUAAAAAUAGAUGAUUUGCUGAUCAAAAAGUUUGCUAAGAGCGUUACAAACAUGAUAGAUGAAAAGAAUAGAAAAUCCAUUAUAUCCGCUAACAAAACUUCGCUACGAUCAGUAUACCAGAACAAAAUUUCAGCAAAUUUAAUUCAAAAAAUGGCUAAAGCAGGUAUAAACAGAAAUAUACUAGAGGAAACUUUCACGAAAAAUGGUUAUGAUGGUAUCAGAGUUUUGUUUGGAGAGAGCAUCGAUGGCAAGGCUCGAGUCACUACGUCAAAAAAACUAAUUGACAAAGUUUAUUCCUUGUUCUCAGAUAAAUAAAGAUAUAAAUUAUA